AUGCAAUUAAAUAUUGUGCAAUAUUUUAAUCAAAGAGAUUUGGCAUUAAAUCAUGACUGUAUGACUAUUUUGAAAAUCUUAAAAGAUAAAGACAAGUGGUUGGUGCUUGUUGAUAAUCAAGCCAAUAUGGGUAUUUUUCGUUACAAAAAAGCUAGAUUUCCUUUAUUAGAUAAAGCUAUACAGUUGUGGGUUAAGCAAAUU